CUUCUUCCUCUUCUCCUUCUUAAUUUGAACACUAAUACUUCUUAUUACUAUUAUUUUUAAUACUGUUACCCUAUUAUUUUUAUAAUGCUACUUGCAAACCAAUACAACCUUUCACCAAUCGAUCAAUCCGAAAGUCGUGAGCAUCCUAUGGACCGCCGACAAUCUGUCGAUCCAAACUCUAGGAUACUUCCAAACAUCUUUCGACCAACCGAUUACCCAGGAUGCCCCUCGUCGGUGUCUAUGACGAUGUCUAUGCAAAUGCCUACACCUUCUAACUCCAGACGCGGAUCCUCGGCAGAUUACAUCUUCCGUCCACAGUUGCCCUCGCUCGGAUCUCCCCCACAUUCCCCACAGCACCAUCUACGUCCAUCUGCACUGGAUCAUAGACCAGAUCUAACAGGGCGUUUCCUGUCAUCCCUUGGUACAAACUCUCAAUCCUUGUCAUCCGUAGCGCCUUCUUCACUGUCGUCGCUAUCAAUGUCGUCGUCACCCUCAUUAUCAUCAUCACCAUCAGCAUCAUCAUCAUGGCGACGCGACUCACUUCCGUCGAUUGCACAUCUAUCCGUAAAAGAUCAUUACCAGCCGUCAACAUCUCCUCCUCCUCAUCCUCAUCCUCGUUCUCUUUCUCUUCAUCCUUCUUCUCCUUCUUCUUCUUUAGCCAGACCAAUUGACAGGCGCCACUCUAUUGCUGUGUCUGAUCGGGACUGUCGCAACGCACCUACCACAGCAGAUCUGUCAACAGAUCAAUCAUCAUCAUCUUCUUCGUCAUCAUCAACAUUAUUAUUAUUAUCCUCAGCAUCAGCAUCAUCCUCAGUAUCGUCGUCAUCGGCACUAACACUAUCAUCAUCAUCGAUGCCACGAAUGCACAGCUUCACCGCAGGACCACAUGACCGACUGUCCAGGAGAGCAAGUGCGGUCCAUGCACCUUACUCCCGCUCACCAGAGCUUAGAGUGAGCCAUAAGAUGGCAGAACGAAAGCGUCGCAGGGAGAUGAAAGAUUUAUUCGAUGAGCUGCGCGAUUUACUCCCGAUUGAUCAAGGUUUAAAGACUAGCAAAUGGGAAAUACUCAGCAAAGCCGUGGAUUACAUAGGGGACUUUCGGCACAAAGAAGAACGCUUUGCACAUGAAAAGGAGGAACUGCAGCGGGAACUUGCAAGGCUGCAGGACAAGCGAUCCUUUUCGAUCUCAUGAAACACACACACAUAUUUUCUCUCUUUAUCUAUCUCUAUCUAUCUACGCGCACACAUCACACACAAAACCAUGGAAGAUUCUUCUUGAAAUUCUUACUUACUCACACUAUUCGCACUAUUUGCAUAAAUACUCACUAACACACUCACUCACUCAGCCAGCCAGUCAGUCAGUCAGUCAGUCACUUACUCAUCAACCCACCUACCCAAUCACAUAAUAUUCACUUUGAAAUAAUAAAUUACUACAUGUACACACG